GUGGCCUGAAAUCGAUGUAUUGCUUAUAAUUCAUAUAUUACUGUAACUUCUUUUAACCAACUAUGAUAUACGACACUUAAGAACUUCCGUCCCGGAUAUGACGAUGGAAUGCUGCGCACGGCUUUGCGCAGAACUGACCAAUCAGCUAACAGAGCCAGCAAAUGACGUUGCACACCCGAUUUACGUCAUUUGCUGGCUCUGUUAGCGGAUUUGUCAGUUAUGCGCAAACCAUACCAUCGGCAUACCCGGGACUGUAGUGUUGUAUUACAAUAGUCUAGAUGGUGGGGAUCGGCAAAGUUUGUUUAGGUUGAGACCAGUUUAAGUGACAUUUCCACCUGAAAAAAUGAUCUUGUUGGCUUUUGACACGGCCCAAAUAUACAGCAUCGUUUGUUGUUAGCCCCUGACCAACUCCCAACGGUCAGACUGGUGUGCAGUAUACAUAUAUAUGGUGUACUGCAUGCACUCAUGCAACCCGGCAUGCAUGCACGCAAUGCAUUACGAAAACAUGCAAAAUUACGUAAGCUUGGUUUGAAAGCUCAUAACUUUGAACUGCAAACAGCGUUUUUCGUGAAAUACGAAACACGAAUUAUUUAGCCAUUAAACGUCUGUUUUUAGGACAUUCCGAUUUGAUUCACCUCUUUGGAAACUUGUAAACGGGCAUAAAGAUCUGAUGAAAAUUGGCGAUCGUCGUCCGAAGGCGCCGCCAUCUUGAUGACAACCACCAAUUCGAAAACAGUGGACGCCAGUAAAAAUCUGUUUUUGGCAAGCUGAGCAGAUUUGUUGGUAUCAAAAUAUCAAACAUAUCUCAUUUAGGUUGUCUUAAAUAAUACUCAUACCAAACAAUCAAUUAAUUCGCUUGAUUAAUUUUAUCAAUAAAAUCGAAUAGCGGAGUUUUUUGGUUUUAGAUCAAUGUAUGAAGCUGCAAUGGUGAUGGACAAGCGGCCGUCGCAGAAACGACGAUAACAACGAAAUAUUUUUGUACAAAAACUAUGAAAAUACCUGAUCUAAAUUUACUGCAUAGAGCCUCAGAUUACUCUGACAGCUAAAAGCAACCCCAUGUAUGUAUUGAUGUUGACCCAGAGAUGCCUAACAAUUGCGUAGAAUUUGUUUUAGGUGGAAUGGCCGCUUGUGGAGCGGGCUUCUUCACCAACCCUCUGGAGGUCGUAAAAACAAGGAUGCAAAUCCAGGGUGAACUUCUUGCCAGGGGCAUGUACACUAAACACUACAGAAAUGUAUUCCAUGCAUUCUAUGUAAUAGCAAAAUGUGAUGGUGUUACAGCCUUACAAAGAGGGCUCGUGCCUGCCUUAUACUACCAGUUAGUAAUGAACAGUUUACGGCUUGGAACGUUCCAAGUUCUGACGAACAGAGGAUUCACAAAAGAUGCAAAUGGCACUCCAAGUUUUCCUCGAAUGGUUGUUGCUGGUGCUGUAUCUGGAUGUGUUGGUGCUGCAUUUGGAAGCCCAUUCUAUCUGGUAAAAACCCAUCUCCAAAACCGAACGACACAUUCCGAGAUUGCUGUUGGUCAUCAGCAUCAGCACUCAACCAUGUCACUGGGCUUCAGGAAAAUUUACAAGAAGGAAGGAGUGAAGGGCCUAUGGAGAGGAGUUGAUGCAGCUGUAACCCGGGUGAUGAUUGGAUCUGCCAUGCAGUUGUCAACAUUCUCAUAUAUAAAACAUUGGAUGGAGACUAAAGAGGUGUUCAAGAAGGACAGCACAAUGAAUGCGUUUAUAGCAAGUGUACUUGGUGGAUUUGCUGUGGUUGCUGUCAUGACCCCUCCAGAUGUUGUAACGACGCGUCUUUACAAUCAAGAAGUCGAUGCCAAAGGACGCGGAGUGCUCUAUCGGAAUCUUUUUGACUGUUUUCAAAAAAUCUUCAGGAAGGAAGGCCUGUUUGGAUUUUACAAAGGAUGGGCAGCAUCACUGAUUCGUUUGGCGCCUCAUUCUAUACUGAGUUUAGUAUUUUGGGACGAAUUGAGAUUAUUUUACUACAAGCAUGUUGAAGUCUAUUAGGAAAGUAUGUAGGUGGCUUCCUAACUUAAUCAGAUUGCAUGUUUUAAGUGCAUAUUUUUGUACUUUUGUUUUGAUGAAAUGUAUUCAUUAUGACAUGAGCUCACUUUUGAUACCUGCUGUAUUUAUCCGAGCCUUAAAAUCAUGAUUUGUGCACAAAGAUGAUUGAUAUGAUUUUAUUUAUAACUUGUGGUACAAGUAUCGUAGACAUGUAGACUAGCUGUGCCUGUCAUGGAUAGCCCAUGUUUGGAUCUGAAUUUUGCAAUAGACCGCUACCACACGAUGUGAGAUUGAAAUGGUGCUUGCGUGUAUUUCAUGACAAAUUGCAAUUAAACAAUAAAUUAUUUACUUUUUGUAAGAA